AAGGUCCCCGAAUGCUUGAGUAUAGGUACUUUGGCGGCAGAAAACGACAUGGUGGUAGACGUGGUAGCUAAGCUUUCCUAGCGCGCUUGGUGUGUGGAAAGUCGGUACGGAACGAAAAGACCGUAAGGAUUGCGCUUUCCAAUUCAACUGCAGUACCACAAGGUGGCGUAUGGAAAACCAACGGCAGAGAUUCGAGAAAGAGGAAGAAGAAAGGCUCCCGGGAAAAAAAAGUCGCGGCACGACUUUUAUAAACGCACCAGCUCAAGCUUCGUUCGCUGGACCACCCACCGCAGCGGCGCCCAAGCUCCUCCCAGCUGCCUCAGCCACUUGUAUAAUCAGGGCAGGUCACCGGCAUAUGCCCGACACCGUGUCUCACCCCUGGGCCACCCAAUCAAUCUGCUUUGCUGCCACGAUCCCUGAUGCGCGGCCCGCCGCCUCGAAGCUUCGCACACCGCCGUCACUGUCCCCACGGCUGCAGCCUUAUCUCCACCUGCUGGACUCACUUGGACCGGACCAGCCUGACCGUCGAGCUUCAAGUUGCGGUCUGAAAGGAUCUACCGUCUAUUUUGCAGAGAGACAGAACGGGACGAAUCGAGGGUUACAGUACUUCGUAGCAGACCGAGUAAGCAGUCUGCGAGCCCAACGCCUCAGCCGCACGUCGCUGCCUCUUCCGUGCUCGCGCCGCUUUCGAGCGAGACGUCCAUAUCCAGGAUGCGCCUCGCACAGCCAUCUCUUCUCAGGGGCUGCGAUGGCGACCGAGGGGAUAAUGCCGCAAAGACAGGCCGACAGUAACGUGCUCGCCGCGUGUUUCUGCCAACAAUUUUUGCCUCUUUUGCUGCUUCCGCUUUCCGAUUCCGACAAGGCGGCCAUACCGGAACCCAGAGCACUGUUCAACGCGCAACACCCACCCGAAACGCUAACUGUCCGCGCCCCGUCUCCCAACCGUAACACCAUCCUGCGCGAUUUAAUCUCAAGCCAUAUGAGUUGCUGACGGUACAUACAAAGUCGUGUACAUUCUAUAUACACACCACGGGCCAGCCAACGUCGCCACCGUAGCGCAUGUGGCGACGACCCGCGCACUCCGGUUGUUAUACUACACGGUACAUUACUCAAGGAAAGGGAAAGCAAACGCCCAGCUAUUCUACCGGAUCCUCCUCGAGUAUCUUCUCAAAACUGAAUGGCUCGAAAGGCACACCGUCGCCUAUGAAGUGCUUGCUCAUCGCUUCGACCCAGUGGAG